AGCACUGUCUGUUCUGUGUUAAACAAGAAUCGUGUCAGUAUGAGCUGGGCUGUGGAGGAAUGGAAAGAAGGCGUCUCCCCCAGAGUCCUUCAGAAGAUUCAGGAGCUGGAAAGUCAAGUGGACAAGCUUAGAAAGGAGCGUCAGCAAAGACAGUUCCAGUUAGAGUCUUUGGAGGCAGCUCUGCAAAAGCAGAAGCAGAAGGUUGAAAAUGAAAAAAAUGAAGCUGCAUUACUAAAAAGAGAGAACCAGAGCUUGAUGGAAUUGUGUGAUACUCUCGAGAAAGCAAAGCAGAAAAUAUCACAUGAUCUUCAAGCAAAAGAAUCUCAAAUUAACAUUCAGUCAGGACAGCUGAAUUCCAGCAAGAAAGACAUAGAAAGGCUAGAACAAGAACUGAAAAGAUACAAAUGUGAGCUUGAGAGAAGUCAGCAAACAUUGAUUGCAGGAGACUUAUCAUUCAGUGGUGCUCCACAGAAAAGCUUUACUGCUUCUUUAACACCAGUUCAAAGUCAUAAUGGAUUAUGUUGAUAGACAUGGAAUAGUAGGAAAUCCUUCAACAGACUGCAGCAAGUUUUUGAAUGCCUGUUCCUAGUGUCAGCUGUUCCCUUGAUGUAGUGAAGAGCAAAUCUUUCUUGGGUACCACAGAUACAAAGUUUGAAGAACUGGAAGAAAAAUACAAGAAAGAAGUACAAGAAAGGAAAAAGCUAGAAUUAGAACUGAGAACCAUCCAGGUAAAA